AUGUUGCUCGGCUUGAGUUUGGCACGUUGCUUGCAAGGCGGCGAUGCAGGCAGCCUUGCUCGGCAAGCUGUGGAGCUGCAGGACAUGUACACUGAGCAGAGCCUGCUGGAUGCCUCCACAUCCACAGCCCAUCAGGUCGUUUGUCGAGCCAAACCUCGGACGAGAGACAAAUGCAAGCAGUAUGUGGACUAUGACACCUGUGUUGAGGAGGGUUGCGAUUGGAUAGGCUUUGACUGCCUGAAUGACGGCAAGAAGGGAUGUGUAAACUUUGGAAAAGACGACUGCUCAUCUGAUCCUGGCUGCAGAUGGGUUGGGCCUACAUAG